UCUCGAGCCGAAGACGUCUGUCUGUCCCUGCUUCGUUCGCGUCGUUCCUCUCGUCGGGGUCGGGCUGCCUCGCCUCGCCUCCACUCGUCGAAUUCCAAAAUGGCAUCCACUUCUUCCUUCCUCCGCUCUCCGGCCACCGGAGCCUACGGCCGCGUCCGCUGGGCCAAGCCGUUGGCACCCCCCAAACCGCACCGCUCGCCACUUCCGCCGGCGGCCACGCCCGGCGUGCUGCCGCGCAGGCUCCUCCUGCCGGCGGCCGCUGGCAUCUGGGACUUCCUCUCCGGCGGUGCGGGCGGCGCGGCGGCCGCGCCCCUUGCCGUCCGGCGCGGUAUGCAGCUCUUCAAGCAGGGAGAUGUGGCUGGGUCCGUGGCGGAGUUCGAUCGCGCGAUCGAGUUGGAUCCGCGGCAGAAAGCAUAUCUCUGGCAGAGGGGGCUGUCACUGUAUUACCUCGACAGGUUCGAGGAUGCCGCGGAGCAGUUCAGGCUGGAUGUUGCUGCCAACCCCAAUGACACCGAAGAGUCGAUAUGGUGUUUUCUGUCUGAAGCUCAGCUGUAUGGGGUGGAGGGGGCAAGGAAGCGCUUCUUGGAGGUCGGUUUAGAUCGAAGACCUGUGAUGCGCGAAGCUUACGACUUGUUCAAAGAUGGUGGGGACCCUGAAAAGUUAGCUUCAAACUUUUCUAGUAGCUCUGGUGGUGAAGUCUUCUAUGCGUCGUUAUAUGCCGGACUUUACUAUGAAUCUCAGAAGAACGCAGACCAGGCAAAAUCUCACAUUGUUGCUGCAUGCAAGUCACCUUAUGGAUCAAGGUCUGGUGAUUACAUGGCUUCCCUUGCAGUGGUUCACUGUCAGUGCCGCAACUGGACUCUUGAGGGAUAAGAAUCUGGAAAAAAAGAAUGAUCUUAAACAUUGCCAUGGAUUGCAUUGGAGCCAGCAAAUAUGCGGCAACUUACAGAGAAGGCGCUCGGUGCUAAGGCUACGCGUAUCAAAACCGGACCGAAAAAUACCGAAUGGAGCCUAAAUUAUGGGUUGAUUUGUUUAUGCUCAUCACUUCAUCAGUAUAGUAUGAGAAUUACUAAACCAUUUUAAAUUUGGUUCAUUUGCUAAAUUUUGAUUAAAUAAGUGGUUAACUGAACAUAAGAAGAAGAAAUAUUAUUUUCCUCAGAACUGUGCCACCAACAGAGCAAAUAUUGGUAUGCAUUCUUGUA